AUAGGUAGCCGGGUUGCCGAGGUGGUAAUCAGUUCCCUCCUGGUGUUUGCUCGGUGACGAUCAAGUUCGGUUCUAAAAGUCAAGAAAAGCGAAGAACACAGAGUGUCAUGUUACCGAAGGUUUUCUUAGUGAUCGUGGCCACGUGGCUGAUCGCGGUGGUUGAUUCCGGAGUGAUCCUUCGGGAUGAGAACGAAGUGGAGGGCAGUGAGGAUGAGAUUGAUCUGUCCGAUCUGGGGCUGGAUCUGUACGGUGAGCCGGAUGUUGAGACGGGGAAGUUGCUGGAGAAUUACGAUCCGGCCAAGGAUGGCGUCAAUCCGGAAGAGUUGGGAUCGUACGUCGAGGGUGAUAUGCUGAUCAAUAGGCCGGCCGGAAGGAAUGGGAUGGCGGACAAGAGUACACGGUGGCCAGGAGGCGUGGUUCCGUUUGAGAUCAAUGGGAAUUUCCGUGCCAACGAGAUGCAGAUGAUCGAGGACGCCAUCAACCAGUACCACAAGAACACGUGCAUCCGCUUCGUGCCGCACAUGGGCGAGCGGGAUUACAUCUCGAUCGAGAGCAGCAGCAGCGGCUGUUGGUCCAGCGUUGGUCGGGUCGGUGGCAAACAGGAGGUCAAUCUGCAGAUGCCCGGCUGCACCACCAAGGUCGGAACGAUCGUCCACGAGCUGAUGCACGCCCUCGGGUUCCUGCACGAGCAGAAUCGUUCCGAGCGGGACGACUGGGUGCGCAUUCAGACGCAGAACAUCCAGCGGGGAACGGAGAACAACUUCGCCAAGGCCAAGGCCGGAACAACCGAUGGAUUCGGGGUCCAGUACGACUACGGAAGCGUGAUGCACUACUCGGCUAAGGCGUUCUCGUCCAACGGACAGGACACGAUCGUGGCCAAGAAAACCGGUGGCAACAAGAUGGGUCAGCGGAAUGGGUUCUCCAAGGGGGACAUCGAUAAGCUGAACGGAAUGUACGGCUGCAAGGGUGGCAGCAGUGCCAGCAGCUCAGGAAGCUCAUCCAGUGGAUCCGUGGCGUCGAAACCUCAGCGGCCAACUCGUCCCAGCAGACCGAACAAACGUCCCGGAAGUGGUCCAACCGGAGCUCAGGUCGUCGGAUUCAUCGGAAACCUCAUCGGAGCCGCCUUUGGUGAUAAUGAAACCAAUUCUACGUCCAACGCCGCUGAACAACUCUAGAUCCCCAGAAGCCCCCUAAUACUGAACAAAUCACGAUCAUCUACCUCAUUUUACACCUGUUUGUGUCACUCUGUGUAGCGCACUGUAAACCUAAUCGAACAAAUAAAUACACUGCCGUUGGUUAAGGAAACUAAA